CAACUGCAAUAUCAAUUCUUAAAACCUAAAAUCUGAAUUAGAGAAGAAAAAAAAAAAACACAUAUGCACUUGAACGAGACAUGAUUUUAUGGUGGUAUUAUUGGGUUUAAUUGGGAUGGGAUUUAGCCCUGAGAAAGACAAACUUGAUUCUUAUGGCGGAAAACUUGAGAAAAGGCUUGUACUAGUUUAGUAACUUGGUUAAAUCUGGACUUCUGAAGAUAUGCUUUCACAGAGACAUUUGCCACAUUUGUUUUGGUUAAGUUUGUUCAACUUUUUCUUUUUCCUUCCCUUUUAAAAACUGACAAUUUUAGUUAUUGCCAUUUUAACAAAGCAAGCAUUCUUUUGUUGUUACAUGAGAAAGUUCGUUUGGUUAGCUAUUACAAAGAUUUUAAACUGAGUCUCUCAACUUGACACGGGAAUCAAGCAUUUGACGUUAAUACGGACUCUGUUAAGUGCUUGUUAAACAUAGCAUGCAUUCAUCCCUCAUUGUUUAGCUUAGGAAUAUUUUUGCAUCCACAGAUGUCAAGUUUUAUUACUGUGUGCUUUCUCUGUCGCUAACAACCUAGGCUUGGAUGCCAUAUUUGCGUACACAAAAGUUUGGACAUUUGGCGCCACUCUUGUCUCAAAACCAUCCAUAUCCAACCAUAUCUGCCUUCACCAGUGGCAGUGACUUCCGGCAGGCUUUAAAUCUGCAAUGGUGGGUUGUUCCCUUGCUCGCUGAUCUUUCAGAUGAUAUGGAAGGCAACAUCUAAAGAACCAUGGAUCUUAUGAAACCAAAGGAAAUGGUGAAACCUGGGGAUGUUGUUUUGGGGGUUUCAGACACUCCAACCAUCCCAAAUCUGACCGCUUUCCAAGCAAUCUAGGUCAGGAAGGUUGACUAGCACUCUCCAUGAGAAGCAAGUUGAUGUUGGUGAGUCCAGAAGGUGAAGGAAGUGCAUCUUUAUGCUUUUUCCCACCCAUUUGUUUGAUAAUUCAUGACAAUUGACCAUUUAUACUGUUGAAAAUGUAUUGCAUAAAUUGUAAUUGGUUGC